UAGCUAAGAUACUCUGUAAACAAAGAGUAGCAAUGACAAGCAAUAAUUACAUGGACUUUAUAUAUUUACAUGGAAGCGAGUUGAUUGUAGUUAGUUAAUUGUCAACUUGUCAACUGUAAUUGUCAGCGGAUUGAAGUGAAUCAAAAUCGUUAAAGAUGAAAUUUAUUUUGAUCAAUGUUUUUACUUUGGCCCUUGUUACCUCAACAUUGGCUGCUCCAGCUCAAUUAGAUCCACAACAAUUAAUCAAACAGAUUCAACAAUUACUUCCCAAUCUAUUUAAUUACACUAAUUUACAAUUACCCAAUUUAAAUGAGAUCGCUCAAAGUGUUACACCAGGUAAAUGUCCAGAGACUAAAUCUUUGGCUGAACCAUUUAAAAUCAAUGAGUUCCUUGGUACCUGGUAUGAAAUUGAACGAACCAAUUUGAUCUUUGAAAAAGGUCAACGAUGUGUCCAAGCUAAUUACAAACUUGAACAAUCGACUGGUAAUGUGGUUGUAAACAACAGUGGAAUCAAUAAUCAAGAUAAAUCAGUUUUCAAUGUUGGUACUGGAAAACCAACUGACAAGGACAAUGUUUUGGCUGUCAAGUUUUUCCCUCUUUCUCCAGCAGCUCAAUAUUGGGUCGUUGAUACUGAUUACACCAAUUACGCUUUAAUUGUCUCAUGUAACGAUAUCUUGGGUCUCUUCAAUAUCAAUGAUGCUUGGAUCCUCUCCCGACAAUCAACUCUACCGGCUGAUACAAUUGACAAACUUAAAAGUGAAUUACAAUCACUUGGUUUGUCUCAACUUCCAUCUCGCUUCAUGACAACACAACAAAACUGUUAGUACUUUUCUCCAGAAAAUCAUAUUGAUUGUUAAUUGUUAUUCAUGAUAAUUAUUAAAUUAAACGACUUAAAUAAAAUCGGUUUGUAAAUUGAUAAAAAUAUUCCAACU